UAUUUCAAAAUGCUCGCUCUGGAAUCUUUGCUUCAGUGAAUAAAAAAAAAUUUCUUUUUUUUCGUUCGAAUAUUUGAAAAAUAAUUCAUUAAAAAUGGAUUCAAAUAAUGCUAUGAUUAUAGCGGAAAAUAUUCAACAGCCAACUGCUACCGAUAUUGUUUCAUUGGAUGUAAACAUAACCGAUAAUAAUUCUUCAACAUCAGUAGCCACAUCAUUAGCAUCAACAUCGAAUAUUUCCGUUGAUCCAGCUUUGGUUGUUGUUUCAUCAUCUUCAACAUUAACAGCAACUGGUAUUGUAGGAAAUGAUUCUCAACAUAUAAUACAAAUGGUUACAGAAUCACCACAACAACAACAACAACCACCACCACACAAUCUACAACAGAGACUAAUGUCAUUGAUAAUCAAUUACUACAACAAUCAACUGUAAUGAUUAAUGAUAACAAUAGUACACCAACUUCAACUUCUAUAUUCGCUGCGGCACCAGUAACAACAUCGAUAACAACAACAGCAGUUCCAGCAUCGGUUCAAUUGCCGAUUAAAAUAACUGGAUCAACACAACCAAUUUUCGUUUCAAAUCAAGGUAUCAUUGCAGCAGCACCUACUGGUACAACAAAUGUUUCAACCUUAGCCAAUACUUUUGUCAGUUAUAUUUUGCCUACACAAAAUUCAAUACAAAAAUCAUCAUUACCGAAAUCUGAUAAUCAAUCUACUACAACAAUAGUUUCAGCUGCUCCAAAUAUAUCUACUGAAACAGUAUCGACAACGGCAUUGAUCAAUACACCAAUUGUAAUCAAUGCACCGGUAUCUGAUACAACAUCGAUUCAGCCACAAAAAUUGGCCACAUCAACCAAUCCUGCGAAUGUUAAAUUGAUUCAAUCUACUAAUCAAAGACAUUUGGUAUUUUCACCGAUUAAACCGACCAUUGGAAAUGUUGUUGGUAAUACUACUUUGAUGACAAAAUCGAUUGCUGGUACCAAAUCCAAUCAACGAAUAGUCGAUGGAACAAUAUUAGCCGCUGCUCCUAACACUUCUAUUACUAAUCAAGCCCAACAACAACAAUUGAUUAUAUUAUCACCAGUCAAGCCGACCGGAAAUUCGACAACAAAACCAACACAAUUUAUUCCAUCAUUUAAAAUUUUGCCCCCAUCAUCAUCAUCAACUACGGCAAAUGUUACGAUGGUACCAUCAGUGGUAACAACAUCACAAUCAUCAAAACGAGCAUUAGCACCUGCCCCAAUAACAAAAACAAUAGUAUCAUCAAUAACACCAGCUAAUGUUCGUCCAAUUCAAGCAACUACAACAAAUAAAAAUAUUCAAUACAUAAGUUUUGUACCGUACAAUUCGACACAACAGAUUACCGCCACUGGAAUUGGUAGUACAACAACUGCUGGACAAAUUUCAACCAAAUACUUACCUAUUAAACAAUCGAAAUCAUCAUCGGCAAUCAAAUCGACGAAUCUAGUUCAAGUUGGUCAUGGUCAAAAGGUUAUAGUUAAUCCAAAUACGAUCAAGAUUUCCGGUACUGCCACUACAUUGCAGUCAUCAAUUGCAACGACUAUUGCAUCGACUACAACAACAACGACAGCAUCGGCAACAAAUAAAUCGAAAAAUCAUGCUACAUCAGUUUGGAUGUUACCAAAGCAGAUAAUCAAAGCGAAUGACAGUCAUGGAUCAUCUAAAAGUGGUGGUAAUUUAAAAUACGUACCUAUUGCACCUAAUCCAAAUGUAGCAAACAAUACUAUCGGUACAGAUGGUGCAAAAAUAACAGUCAAUACUGUUCCAAAGAAUUUAAUUGAUGGAUUCGAAGAAACACGACGAAAACCAUGCAAUUGUACCCGGUCUCAAUGUUUGAAAUUAUAUUGCGAUUGUUUUGCCAACGGAGAAUUUUGUAGCGGUUGUAAUUGUCUUAGCUGCUGUAAUAAUCUUGAACAUGAAGAAUUACGACAAAAAGCUAUACGGUUAUGUUUGGAUCGAAAUCCUAAUGCUUUUCAUCCAAAAAUUGGCCAAAGUAAUCAUGGUGAUAUUGAACGUCGUCAUACGAAAGGAUGUUGCUGUAAACGUAGUGGUUGUUUAAAAAAUUAUUGCGAAUGUUAUGAAGCGAAAAUUCUUUGCUCAGAUAAAUGUAAAUGUGUUGGUUGUAAAAAUUUUGAAGAAAGUGAUGAACGUAAAACAUUGAUGCAUUUAGCCGAUGCGGCUAUUGUUCGUUCGAUACAACAACAAACAGUAGCAUCAAAAAUGCAUGUAUGGGGACCUGAAUUUAAAUCAAAACUUCCGGUCAAAGUCAAAAGCGAUUGCCAUCCAUUCAAUGUGCUUACGAAUGAUAUUUUAGAAGCCACUGCUAGCUGUUUACUUGCACAAGCUGAAGAAGGUGAAUUUGAAAAUCAUAAAGAAGAAAAUAUCGAAAGCUUGAUUCUUGAUCAAUUUGGUGAAUGUCUUUCACAGAUAUUGAAUUUAGCAAACAAUGGAAUGGCCGAUGAUGAUGGCAACACUGAUGAUGAUAUUCCAAUGAACGACGAUGUUGAUUGUCAGAAUUGAUCACGAUUUUUUUUUCGUCAUUUUUGCCGUUAUUUAUAUGAUGUAUAAAUUAUAAUUAUCAACUCAUGUAU